AUGCCUGUCAGGUUUCUGGAAACCUUUAUGGAUCCCAAUGACUGCUCGUAUCUGGCUAAGUUGCAUUACUUCGACUGCAUGCUUGAUCUGAUAGCGAAAAAUGCGCCAGAGAGAGAUGGGGCGGCUAUAGUUAUGGAAACCCGUUUAUCACCGCGGCUAGAGUCUCUUUGUGAGCAGCUGAUAGCACCAAUCACGAAGACUUCAGGAAAACAAAGAAUCUCGCUUCGCGAAACAUUGGAAGCUUUUGGCAACAAUCCAGGAGCCGAUACAGUGCCAGCUGGUGUGACUUCUACCUAUAUUUUAGGGUUGUUGUUGGGAAUUUGUGAGCAUACUGAAGGUAAGUAAGU